AUGUCCGGUAGAAAAGUGAUGGUUCAGCCCAUCAACAUUAUAUUUGCUCAUCUUCAAAAACACACUCGAACUACUAUCUGGUUGUACGAUAACAAUGACUUCAGGAUUGAGGCAUAUAUCAUCGGUUUCGACGAGUUCAUGAAUCUAGUCCUCGACGAUGCAGAAGAGGUGUAUGACUGUGCUGCCAAGCCUGGGAAGGAAGUGCCGCCACGUAAAGAAUUGGGUCGUAUCCUCCUCAAAGGCGAUAAUAUAACCCUAAUCCAACCUACACAAGGAUAA